AUGUUUCGAUUAUUCACCCAGAGAUCAGCAUUUCUCUUUGUCAAAAGACUGGCUAGCGUUAUAACCAGAAGAAAUGUAUUUACUUAUAGUCUUCCUUUAGCAAUUGGGUUUUCGUCAUUGGCUUUUCUCCAAACACCCACGUUGUUAGACUCAAAGACCGAGGAUGAGAAACCAAACACUGUUAGAGUGGACUCUAAUGUUGCUCCAUUCCCCUUGGAGAUCAAGAAACCCGACCAAUUUCAAGAAGAUUUCCAUUUGAUAGGAUAUGGUGUUAGAACCGUGACAUUCUUACAAAUGAGAGUGUAUGCCAUUGGGAUCUAUAUCGCACAACGCGACAUUCCCAAAGCUACCAAAAUCUUGACCAAACUUGGCCAUGAUAAGUUAACUACCCCAGCUGAAUCACCAGAAGUGAUUGCAGAAUUACUUGCCAACGAUGUUAAGUUCAUGGCUCGUAUAAGUCCAGUUAGAGAUACCGAUUUCAACCAUCUUCGUGAUGGGUUAAUCAGAUCAAUUCUUGCUCAUCCAAAGAGUAAAGAACUUGGUGAGAAGUUAACUUCGGGUUUAGAUCAAUUCCGUGAACUCUUCCGUGGUCGUAGAGAUUCAGUUCCAAAGAAUCAUUUGUUAUGCUUAGAAACAAGAACUGGAGGUAAACUUAGUGUUUCUUAUGUAAACACCAUGACCAAAGAAACUGUUCCCUUGGGAGUAGUGGAUGAACCAUCUGUCAGUAACCAAUUAUUCUUGCAAUAUCUUAGUGGGGUUAAACCAUUAUCUGAACCACUUAGAAAAAGUUGUGUUCAUGGUUUGUUAUCUUUAUAA